GAUGCAAAAUUUACUAAGAUAUUGCAGUUUGUACCAAUCAAAAGAAGGCGUAGGUGACAUAGGGCUCACCAAAACACAAAAACCUACUAACAUCCUGAAGUUUGGAAAUGACAGUGACAGUAAUUUUAGAGAAAAAACUGAGGUGUUUUCAAUUAAAAUGUUAAUAAUAUCAAAUAAUUAGAUGUGUAUGUGUUUUGUUUGUAUAAAUUAUGUCUACCAGGUCACAGCUUACUAAAGAUUUAAAUGAAAGUAUUAAAUCUUCAGUUGGAAAUAAGGUGAAAAUUCUUUUCAAAAAUGUGGUUAGACUGGAAACCAAAGGUGAUAAGACUGAAAACAGAGUUUUGGUAUUUUCACCAUGCCGAAUACUAUUACUUACAGCAAAAGUGCCAACCAAGAUCGACAGUCAUUUUCAUUACUUGGAGAUUCAAGCCUUGGAAAGCAAAAGAGGUAAUCAAUUAAGUCUAACAAUUAACGAUAAAGUUUACUCGUUUCUUGUUGGAGAAGAUUCGAAAUGCAGUACAGAAGUAGACAAUAUGAUAGGAGCACUUAACAAUGCUAUUAGAAAUAUUUUUCCCACUGUACCAUUACAACAUAUUAUUAGGAAGAUUGAAGUAAUACCAAAUACGAGGCUACAACAAUUACGUGAUUUGGAGGCUAUAGCCAGCAGUAGAAGAGAAGUCGGUCCGUGCGGGGGUUUCUCGAACCAAUAUGCUUGUAUGUGUGAUUACCAUGGUCUCACUUAUAGAGAAGAAGUAGCAUGGGACAUAGAUAAUAUUUACGUUUCUUUAAAUACCCGUGAACUUAGCCUUAAGGAUUUUGAAUACCUAGAUCAAAAAGAUUUAAUCCCAAUAAUCAGUGCACUGGAAUAUAAUACUUGGUUUACAAAAUUAAGAGCGAAUCAAGUGAAGUUAUCACAUGAUAAUAUAGAUAGAAUUCUUCACGUACUACGCAAAUCUCUAAAUUUAGAAGAGAUAUAUCUCGAUAAUUUAGGUUUAAAGUCUGAUUUUCUAAACAAAUUAUCCAGUGUCCUAAAAUUAAAUCUUGGUUCAGCUUUACAUACGUUAGAUGUAUCGUAUAACCCAAUAGAAGAUAAAGGUGCUACUUAUUUGGGAAGUUGUAUUCCCAAGCUCAAUAAAGGUCUAGUCCAUAUAAAUUUGUCUCAUUGCGGUUUGAGCUCAAAAGGAGUCAAUAAUCUUUUCGCUGCUCUCUGUAACAAUACGAGUAGUUUUACCACUUUGACCUACCUCAAUUUGAGUGGUAACAAUUUAAAAGAUGAUAUCAGUAAUUUUCAUAACUUUCUUUCUCAACCGAAUGCUCUUCAGUACAUUGAUAUUUCUUCCACUGAUAUAAUUCUAGAAAACCUUUUUGGUGCUUUAGUAAAAGGCUGUACAACAAAUCUAGUUCAUUUGAAUAUUUCCAAAAAUCCUUUCAGUAGUAAAAAGAAUAAAGAAGCUCCAAUUUCUUUCAAGCAAUUUUUUAGCACUACGCUUAAUCUGAAAUAUCUCAACAUGUCACACUGUAAAUUACCACAAGAGGCACUUAAAAAUUUAUUGUUGGGACUGGCAUGUAAUGAAUUUACCAAAGAAAUGACAUUAGAUAUUAGUAAUUGUGGACUCGGUAGUCAAGGUGCUCACGUUUUGGAAUCAUGUGUGCACGGUGUUAGGUGUAUCUCUAGUCUUGAUAUUUCUGAAAACAAUAUGGAUUCAGAUUUGUGUAACGUUGUGAUAGCAAUAAGUAAAAAUAAGUCACUAAAACACUUGAACAUGGCACGUAGUAUGAAAAAACACAUGUCUCUUAUUAUGGACUCGGUAGUUCAAAUAAUACAGGACGACGAAUGUCUUUUACAAUCUUUAAUUAUUCCAGAUUGUAGAUUACGCUCGGAUCUUUAUAAUCUUUUGAACGCACUCGGCGAUAAUAAAUCUUUAGAAGUUCUAGAUAUAAGCGGAAAUUUGAUAGGCGAUUCUGGAGCUAGGUUGUUAGCGAAAGCGUUACAAAUUAAUAACAAGUUGAAAAGUAUUAUCUUUGAUAGAAACAAUAUAACUUUGCAGGGAUAUCACGAUAUAGCCUACGCCUUAGAAAGCAAUUCAACUGUUCAGUAUAUGCCAUUUCCAAUUUAUGAUAUCACACCUUGUAUGAAAGCUAAUGCGGAACGAACGGAAUUGAUAAUGAGAAAAAUCCAAGAUUUACUGAAUCGAAAUGUUUCUCAAAAACAGCAUUCUCUCAAAAGUUUUCCCAUGCAACCAGGUUUCCUACUCACUUCUAAGCAACAGGCAUUAGAAAGGUUAGUUCAACAGACCCACGAGGCCAUUAAAAAUGUCACAACAGAAUCAAUUGCUUCUACCAAUGACAUUAACCAUGCAACUGGAGUUAUACAGGAUGCUGAAAAUGCUAGACAAUUAUUGGUGCGACUACAAGAAGUAGCCCAACAUCGAGAUGAUAAACGUCCAAAUCCAGUGGAAGAGAAACUCCAUCAAGCGGCUUCUGACAUUCAUGCCAGUAUUUGUGAUUACAUUCAAGCUACAACUGAAAAAAUGUUGAAAUGUUGUAAAGAACAAUGUCCAUAUGUAUUGCAUGAUGAAGAAACAAUUCAAGAAAUAAAAAAGGAAUGUAAAAGGAAGAAACAGAUUCCGUUUGAUUUUGUUACUACAUGUAUAAAGCAGCAGGCGGGAAUAGAUAUUAUGAAUCGAACAAGAGAGUUGAAUAUAAUGGUUGCUAAUCAAUUGAGUGAACAAGUUACUGACGAAGUAUACGAAGUUUUAAUGAGAAGCUACAAAAUAUUAGUAGGUGAUGCAAGUGCAAUAAGAAUCGACUCGCCACCGAGGAGAUCUAGGUUAAGUAGUUCGGAUAGUUCUCGACAUGGUGCCAGUGAUAUUUCUAUAACGGACAGCAGUCAUCAGUCAGACUUAUCGCCAUUGAAACUGGAGUAUUUGAAUUUAGCGACACCACAUUUAUCAAUCAAACGAAAAAGUCUACACGGACGUAAAUUAAGGCCUAAAUCAGUAGUCGACAGCGUCGAAGGUAUAUCCGCAGAUGAUAUUCCUAGUUUGUUACCGUCUCUUCCGUGUAACUCCGAAGAAGAAGAUUCCGUUACAGAGUUACCAAAUACAAGUCAUCAGCUUCAACACUUAGUCAAAGGAAUUUUCCUCAACAAAGGUCGACCUAGAAGGGCGAAAACUCGAGCACCAACAAGACCGGUGGUCAAUCCUCCCGAUACUACAGACUCAGUUUCACAAGAUUUGGUCGAAGGUUUGGAUUCUUUCUUCCGUCCCGGUUCAGUAACACCAACUUCGGACGAUUGUCAUUCUUUUCACACUGCCGGAAGUCCGAAUCACGAUUUUUCUUCACCGACUCUUAGCGAGGAUCGUAAAACUCCCAAAUUGAGUAGAAAUUCACCAUUAUUACGUGGAUUAAUGACGCCUACACCUCGGUCACGUUCUAUAGACAAUCUAGAAAAAUGUUCACCAUCAUCGUUAAGAAGAAAUAACGAUAUUACUUCUUCGCCGCUUACAAGAAGAUUGACGGGAGAUAGUAUAGUGUCCAGAGAUAGUAGUGAUGGUAGUAUCGCAGCGGAAUCUAGCUUCGAUCACUCACCGGGUAGUACUUUAUCGAAAGGAAUGUCAUCAGAUGGAUCCAAAGACGAAUCCGAAAACAUUAGACAAUCAUUGAAACAUCUUAAGAGCUGUUCAUCUAUAGCUUCUAAACCUCGACCUUGGUCGAUGGUAAAUUCAGAGGGAAAAUCUAGUGAUCUUGGUUUAUUAAGCGAUGGUUCGUCGCCGAAUAAUUCUACUGGGAAUACACCGGAUUCCGCGGAAGCUUUGGAUAGUUCGGAAUCGUCGUCAAUCGAUAGGCGGCUCGCUAAAGAAAUGAAAUUGAAAAGGACGAGUGGUUUGCAGACAUAUUUUCCAGAUCGUGGAGAUUUAUCCUUUUUCUCUCGCUAUAAGGCGAUAACGUCUAAAAAAGAGCAAUCGGCAAAUAAUAGUGUAGGAACAAGAAGAGAUAGUAAUUACAAUUGUAGAGAAACGGAAGAUGCACACAUAGGAUCUGCUCUCCUCGGUGUUGAUGGGAAUGUUUAGAUUGUUCGCUUUAGUAUUAAAGGAGUGUAGAUUAUCUUCAAUAUCAGCUAUAAGGACAGCAUUUUCAGCAUAGCAGACGACGUGGAAGAAUGUAUUUUCUAUUAUUUUAUCUAUUAUCAAAUUAAAUAUUAAGGAACUAAAUGAAUAUUUUUCUUUUAUUCCUGUGUUUACAUUCAUAUCUUCUGUUGUAUGUCCCACUUUGAUUUUUAUUUUGCAUUAUUUCUAAGAUAUCAUUCAAUCUCACUUAGUCAAAAGCUUUGGUCAUAUCGAUAAAACACAUACAUGCAAGUUUAUUGUAGCUUAGAUAUUUUUUGGAUAUUUGUUUGAUAAUGAAUAUUGCGUCGAUAGUGCAUCUGUUCUUUUGGAAGCCUUGUUGCUCUCCCCGUAUCCUUAUGGUAUCGGUGAUUUCUUCCAGUAAUUCUUCGUUUUGUAACUUUUUCCUUCUUUAUUUAAUCAUUUCGUUGGUGAUCUCAUCUGGUCCAGGACUUCUUCUAUUUAUAAGAGCUUUCCAAAUGUGUAAAUAUUUUUUUUAUUGAUAGCUCUACAUCUUUAUUUUCUCUUUAUUCAUUUUGUAUAUGUUCCAUUUUUUGUUCUUCCUUUUAUAGUUUUUUGAAGAAUGUUUCCCAUUCCUAUGAUGUGAUUUAUUAGUUCGUAUUGUAUCUUUGACUUCGAGCUUUCUUCUUCUUAGCAUACCCUAUUUUCUUAUUUAACUCCUAUAUAUGUUUUUCUUUUUUGUGGGUUUUUUUUCUAUAGUUUUCAUUUGGUUCUCUUAUUUUUGCGUUUACUUAGUUUUGUUUUCUUCAGUAGCUGUUCCAGUCUUAUUGAUUGUAUUGACAUUUUUACCUAUCUCCUUCCUACUGCUUCCAAGUAGCGUCUAAUAUGUUAUUUUUUAUUGUCUUCCAUUGUUGGUCUAUACUAUAUUGAGUAUUAACUGAUUUUUGCAAUAUUUUCUAGUUCAAUCGGCUCUUUUUACAAUUACCAUAUAUUUAGGAAUUAAAAGUUAUUUUAUAACCAUUUCUUACUAUAAUACUAAAUCAGACUUCGACGUAGUGUCUUCUUUCUGUUAUGUUUCCACUCCUUUGUAUCCCUGGCAAUUUCUUCCUUUAUUUCAUCCUAUUUCUUCUAUACGGUUGAUCGAUUGGGUCCUUGGUAUUUCUCUUUGCUUUUUUUUGAAUUCACCUACUUCCUUUAUUUUCCUAGAAAUUUUUUGUUGUUUUAAUUCCAUUAAAUGUCUACAAUAGUUGAACGUUUCAGAGUUUUUUUUUAUAUUAAACACACCAAGUGAUAAAUUCUCACCAAAUCAAGAUAAUUUAUCAACAAAACCAUACCAAAGAGGUCUGAGACGUAAAUAUUUUUAUUUAAUUUUGUACAUGUGUCAAAUUUUGAUCUUAUAUAAAUUUGGAUUUGGACAAAUUGAUUUCUACUCUUCCUAAGUUAUUGACAAUGACAAUAAAUUAAACUCAUAUGCUUCUAACGUCUUUUUUGUCAAAAAAACAACAAAAAUCUAACAUUGUCCCAAGAUAUUGGAUUAGUAUUUAAUGUUCUUGACUGCCAUGUUUUUAUAAUAGUAACAAAAUUAUUUUUUAGACUCUCUUGUAUUUUACUAUAUAACAAUUCGAAGAUUACCAUUUAAUAUUAAGAGUGUUCAAAAAAAAUAGAGAUUUGCAAUUUUAGAGUAUUGUAUAUUGGCUUCAAUAAUUUAUUGUUUUAAAUUUAUUUUUUGGAUCUAAAAUUUCACUAACAUUCAUAAUUUUUAUGAAUAUGUGUUGAAAAUAUAAAUAUGGAUAUUUUUUCUUACAAACAGAUGUCAAAUUUUUUAGUAUUAGUAGUAGUAUGUUUUCGAACUUCUUUUGUACUGAUAUCAGGGGCGCCUAGUGCAUAUAAGCUGCAGAGCUCAAAAAAUUAAGAACUAAACACGUUAUAAUUAUAUAAUUUUAAUAACUAUAAUCUAAAUUAUACAUUUCCCAUUUCUUGAUAAAAAACUGGAUGGAAAAUUCCAGAGUUCAGUAAAGAUGACCAAUUAAAUAAUCCACCUAACGAUUGUUUUCUUCUGGUAUACACAAACAUGGUCGGCGCGCUCUUUCUUUAUAACCCCAGUGAUCUAAAGCAGUGUUGAGUGACUUAAAUGGAGAAUUUCGUUGCAUUCAGUCCAGCGCAACGCUUAAUACAACGGAGGAUUAUGUCUCAAGUAUUUUUCCAUCCUUAAGUUUUUUUCUCUACUUUCUGACUGAUUUUUUAGGACUAAACUGAAUUACAAUAUACUAUAAUAGAGUGUGUGUGAUGUUGUGUAGCACGUUGUUUUCAACUUGAAUACUAAAAUAUUUUGUAAAGAUUCAUACGUAGAAAAGACGAAGUUGAAAACGUGGUAGGCCUUUACCAAAUACUAUAAAAAACGGGUAUAAGUAGGGGAAAAGCGGCAUAAGAAAAUUGUUGUCAAAAAUAGAAAGUCACAGGUCUAAAGCCCUUUUGAAAAUAAAAUGACAUGAAAACUCCAAAAGUCAUUUUCAGAAUGGCAUAGAAUAUGCGUUAUUAGGAUCAACCAAUAUUGUAACCAAAUCAAAUUUUGCUUAUUGAUAGAAUAUACAGAGGUAUCUUGAAAAUGUGCCGACGAAUAAGUCAAGAAUUAUUAAUUGUCCCAAAUUUUGUGGAUCGUUCGAAUUUCCUCACCGAGAACAUGAUAAAACCAAUAAUUUGUGGCUCUUUCCUUGGACCUAUAAAUGUUUCGACUAAAUUAGAUUGUACUCUAAAUGAGUCCUGAAGUAUACCUUAGUUUAGUCAACAAUAUCUAAAUAUAGUUAAAUUAUUGGAAGUUCUAAACUGCUUAAGUUUUUCGGGUCAUUUUUGAAAAUGGAAACAUGAAUUCAAUAAAAGUAAAGUAUAGUAAAUACGUAAAAUAAUGCUUGGUUGUAUAUAUUUUCUUUACGUGGUAGCCCUUUCAACAACCCCUAAAUAAAAUUAAUGGAAAUUUGACAAAGACAACAAAUAUUUUUGGGGACGUGCAAAAGCCUAAAAAUGCUUCAACACGACCAACCACUGAUUAAUAUCUGAUAUCGUUUUCUUCUGAUUGAUUAGCAAGGUUCGCACGUCCUUCAUAGCUUGAAGGAACUAGUUCUUCAUUCUUAUUUUGAACAUUGCUCAUAAGGGAAUGGCAAAUGUAAAAUAUUUCGAAAAGGCUAACUAUAUUUGUUUGAAACAGCAACUAUUAACAACGUAAAGGGUAGAACUAAACAGAGAAGCAAUAAAUAUCUGUUAGGAGAACAUGGAGUUUGUUGUAAUAGUUUCUUCAAGUACCGGCAUUGGUUAUGAUCGUUCAUCGGAUGUACCUCAUAUCAUUGUUCAUUGUUCUUUCAUUUAGACACUGUUCAUUUUUCCAAAAGUACCUCUUCCACACGAUUGAUUUCCAAAAUUUUACCAGAUGACAUCAAAAUAAAAUAUCCAUAUUAUGUGUAAAUUGCUUAUCAUGUUACAUAUUAUAAAAAUGACUGAUUUUGAAAUUUUUGUAUUAAAAAAAAUUGUUUUUAAUUACAAGUUUGCUAUGUCAUAAUUUAAAUUUAUUCCAUAUAUUUGAAGAACGACAGUAUUAUGGAGAUGCUUUUUUUAAUUUGAUAUUUAUCCAUUUUUCAGUAUAUAUUGUACUGGGAUAAAAAUAUCCAUUUAAAAAUUCUAAUAUAUUUUAUCUAUUACUACAAUUUUUAUAUAUUUCUCUCGUUUUUAUUAUGUAUCUUAUUUAUUUAUAUAUUUUACCUCUAUAUUUGUUUAUCUUGCCUAUUUUGGUUGAUAUUCUUGUCAUCUUUUAGAUCGUGACUAUUGUAUCUUAAAAAGAACAAUUUUUUUGCAAUUACUAAAAGUUAUUAAAUAAAUUGAAUCAGGUAUAUUUGAAAGAUCAUGAGUCCAUGAGACCAAACUUUUCGGGAGACGUGAGAAACUAAAUACUGAAAAAAAAUCACAUGAUGUGCUUUUUAUGAAAAUAUAAAAUAGGCACAUGUUUAUAUGUUUCAUGUGUUUUGGACAAUACAAAAUGUGCACAUUUUUUAAAAAAAUAACAUCAAAAGUGAUGGACUUAUGUUGUUACUCUUCUGACAUAAUAAUUUCCUAUUUAAAAUUAGGCAACAUUGCACGAAUGUAACCCAGACAGAGAUACAACCUCUGUGAAUUAUCUCACCACUCCUAGUGGAAACCAUUAGGAUCUGUUAAUCAUAUAGUUAAGUGAUACAAAGUGUCCCUUAUUAACAAGGAUUAUGUCAAAAUUGUGCAUGUCAACAAACAGUAGUAGAGAAAACUCUAAUUUAAAACAAUUGGCCAGUACUUUUUCUAAAAAUACACGCGGCGAUUCAGUAACUAUUAACUUGCUUAACAAGCUAAGUAAAAAUAUCUGUUUAUUCCACAGAAUAAAAAAAUUGUACUUCUAAAUAAAGUAUGCACUGUCUGCAAAUUACCAACUCAAAUGUUUUAGAGCUUCGCAUUUAAUAUCAGUAGUUAGGGUAUCAGGGUAUUCAGGGAUCGUUGUCUUCUGAUAUGCCAGUCGUGCCCCACUCGAAACUAUCAAAGGCCGAUGUCCUUUGAGAAGUUAAUCACGACACAUUUGCGUUAACGUCACUAGGCAAACUGUGUGGCAUGUCCAGGUGUUUGUCUCUCGCACGUAGGAGUACUGAACACUCACCGAUGAUGUAGUCUGCAGCUUCUUCCUCCUCCAUGCACCAUGAUCGUGUCCGGUUGAAUGACCGGUUACUUGUCAAAUUUCGCAUUUAAGUAGAGCAGUUCUUUUAUAAGUGAGGUAGAAAGCUCAUCUAUGUGAGCCUUAGCUUGUCUGGUACCGGGUGUUUCCUUUCAACUUCGUAGUGUCUGUUUUGUGUGCAAACUACUAAGAUAUCUAAUAGUAACACUUUUGGAUCCAUCAAUAUUGUGGUGAUAACCCAAUGGUGACUGGCGAGUGAGUUAGCCUCAUCGUUGUGCGAGUGGCUGGACACUUACUAUUAAAGGUCGCAGGUGUCUAAUUUGUUCACUGCUCAUUAAAAUGAUUGGAUAUUCAUUCGCAGCUUACAUCCAGAUUUUCACAUGACUAGUUACUCCAGCCUGCAAAUCGUUGAGGAAGAUAUGUUCCUCCAGUUUAUUGUGAUUUGGAGAAUUCCUUAUUCAAUUUUUGGUAACUAUCCAAGGUGUCAAUGUAAAAUCGUACCGCCCUCUAGAGAAAAAUCAAAAAUGUGCAAAGCCACGUUACAUUUAUUUUUACGCGAAACAAUUGCCUAAUUUUCUAUUAAAUUAUAUGAACCCUCUGGUGUUGCUCAUCUACUUUCUCAAAAACACCCCAUCGUUGAACAUAUUGUGAUAUUAUUUAACGUAUUAGAUAACUGUAAAUUAAUGUAGUGUUUUUCGAAUUAACUUACAAUCUUUCUAUUCGGGGGAUUAAUUAAUAAGCACUGUCUAAGACGUUCUCAAUUUAUUUAAAUACUUCACACUACAUUAACUUAUAAUAUGAUUCACUUAUCACUUAACUAACUUAAAUAAUUUAUUUAAAUUCUUCGAUUACUUUCUAUUUCGGUCUGUUCACUAUUUAUUAUAAACUGCGCUAAACGAACCUGCCUGUAUAUCCAAACGAAGUUCUCAAAAAUAAAGAAACAAAACAAAAGAAUAAAUAGACCUUCCUGGAAAUUAUUCAAAAGAAACAAUGUAAAUAAAGUGCUUGCUGUAAAAACUGAUAAAAAAACAAAGUUCCAACGAAUUCCGGGUAUUUCAUCAAAGGCGAAUUUUAGAAUUCUUCUAUAUCCAAGCGGGGCCGGCUCCAGGGCGUAAUAUUAAUUAAAGAGCAAUAUUUAACAAAAUAAUAAGCACUAUUUAAUCAGAAUGGCUGUAAUUUACCAAAAUUGAACUUUUUGUAGUCUUACAAGUCCUAGUAGGUAAUAUGUAAUUCUAGUCCACCCUCAAAGUCGAAUUUCCUAUGAUACAAGUUCAGUACUAUUAAAUGGGGUUAAUAUUCACUCAUUACUUUAAAGGUAUUUUCUAAUUAUGUCAACAAUUAGAAAUUAUUAUUGUUGAUUAAUUCUCUAUUUUGAGGAAUUUAAAUCUAAAUUUGAUUUUACCCUAACCCUAUCUUGACAGAUAAUAUGGAGAAAAUAUUCUUUUUUAUAAUAGAAUAUGAUCUAAAACGUUGAGCAUUUUCUAAUUAUUAUUUAACACCCUGCAUGGGAUGAAUAUAUAAAAAGGGAAGUUUUCUAUGUAUUGUUUAUUAUAUUUUUUUGUGAUAUUCGUUGUAUAUCAUUUUGACGUUCUCUUUAAAACAUUUAGUAUUUCAAAUUCAAAUGAAAUAUAUUUUAAAUUUAUCUUUAUAUUGUAUUAUAUGUAAUAAUUUCACACUUGUAGUGUACAUGCUUCCAUUUUGCGUAAUCUUUUUUAUACUUUAAAUAAAGAGUUUCAU